GUCGCUAAACAUAUCCGCGCCCCUCAUCCAGCAACGGCAGCUAGUUUCACAUCAACAAUGAGUAUCCUCGUUUGUCACAAUGAAAAACACGCCGUCGCAAGAAAACAAAUGAAAAUGCACCGCGUUUGAGCCGCUGGUUUUUGCGCCCCGCAGCCGUGCCUGAUACAGACCAGCCCCGCUGCCGUCGAUACAAGAACAGGGAAUCACAACACAAGACGCACGGAGAGUGUGACAGAGUGAGCUGUGCUUGUGUAUGCGAUGGCUGGUGGGAGAAGAGGGGCGAACCGGACUACUUACUGCAGAUCCCCGCUCAGCAGUGAGCCCGGCUCGGUCAGCAACGGCAACCACUCCACCAGCUCCCCGGUCACAGGGGUGCGAUCUCGGACAAGGAAUGGCUCGGGAACGUGCAUCUCCAGCCCGCCGCUCGCAGCCCAGACGGUGGUUCCUCUGAAGCACUGUAAGAUCCCAGAGCUGUCGGUGGACCGCAACGUGCUGUUCGAGCUCCAUCUGUUCUUCAGCCACCUCAUUGCCCUCUUUGUCCACUAUGUCAACAUCUACAAGACGGUGUGGUGGUACCCCCCCUCCCACCCCCCUUCACACACAUCGCUGAACUUUCACCUUAUUGAUUAUAAUAUGCUGGUGUUCACAAUCAUCAUACUAGCACGAAGGUUAAUUGCAGCAAUUGUUAAAGAGGCAUCACAGAGUGGGAAACUCUCCUUCCCACACUCCAUUUUUUUAGUGAUGGCGCGGUUUGCUGUGCUGACACUGACGGGCUGGAGCUUGUGCCGCUCCCUCAUAUACCUCUUCAGGACCUACUCUGUCCUCAGCCUGCUCUUCCUCUGCUACCCAUUUGGAAUGUACAUUCCCUUCUUUCGGCUGAGCUGUGACUUCCGGCGAGCAGGCCCGCUCUCGCCCAUCGCCAGCAUCGGCUCCAAGGAGGUGGGCAGCGUGGGCCGGGGCAGGGACUACCUGACCGUGCUGAAAGAGACGUGGAAGCAGCACACCAGCCAGCUGUACGGCGUUCAGGCCAUGCCCACCCACGCCUGCUGCCUGUCUCCGGACCUCAUCCGCAAGGAGGUGGAGUACCUGAAGAUGGACUUCAACUGGAGGAUGAAGGAGGUGCUGGUCAGCUCCAUGCUCAGUGCCUACUAUGUGGCCUUUGUACCUGUCUGGUUUGUCAAGAGCACACAGUAUGUGGACAAGCGCUGGUCUUGUGAGCUGUUUAUCCUCGUGUCGGUCAGCACCUCAGUCAUCCUCAUGAGGCAUUUACUGCCGCCACGCUACUGUGAUCUUCUCCACAAGGCUGCAGCUCACUUGGGCUGCUGGCAGAAAGUAGACCCCUCACUUUGCUCCAACGUCCUGCAGCACAUAUGGACAGAAGAGUACAUGUGGCCCCAGGGUGUCCUGGUCAAGCAUAACAAGAACGUCUACAAGGCCAUGGGCCACUACAACGUGGCCGUGCCCUCAGAUGUUUCCCACUAUCGCUUCUAUUUCUUCUUCAACAAGCCUUUACGAAUAUUGAACAUACUCAUCAUUCUGGAAGGUGCCAUGAUAUUCUACCAGCUUUACUCGUUGAUAUGCUCAGAAAAGUGGCAUCAGACCAUAUCCCUGGCUUUGAUUCUCUUCAGCAACUACUACGCCUUUUUCAAGCUCCUAAGAGACAGAAUCGUCCUGGGAAAGGCCUACUCAUAUUCAAACAGCUCAUCUGACCAGAAAGUCAGCUAAAAGACAUAACUUAUUAUCGGUCACAUUCAUCAUGGAACAAGUGAAACAUGCAUGAGAGCUUUGUAUUUUUUCUACAACUGCGUUUUGUGUCACCGUUGGUUUUUUUGUUCUGAUCUGCCAUAAUAAAAAGAAACAUAUUUUUGUAUUACUUUAAACAAUUGCUUUGUUUUUUGUUUGUCUUUUUUGUUUUGUUUUUAAUGCCUCGAAGAUAUUUAUCCAGCUUUGACCACAAGGGGCCUCUCUGUCACAA